AUGAAAAACACCAAAAAGAUAAAAAUUAAAGAAGAAAGUAAACCCUAUAGUUUUGUUUUAAAUACAAAGAAAAAGGUAAGAAAUAAUAAAGAACUUGAAGAAAACUUAAAAGUUAAAUGGGGGAAGGAAAAGUCUUUGUUGGCAACUUACCACGACCUACCACAGUCGAUGACAUCAAAACCGAGUUUGGGAAGUAUGGAGAAAUAUGUGAUGUCAAUUUACGUGAUGGAUUUGGUUUCAUCGUUUGUUAUAUUUUCUAUAAUCUCUUGUACUUACAGACAGACGUACAGGAAAGAAGAAGACGCGAAAACGUUGCUAGAGAAGAACCCGACCAUUGAAUUGGGGGGAAAUGUUCUCAGAAUUGAAGCUCCCAAGAGCGAAAGAACCAUGAACCGCCGGAAUGACGGAUGCUUUAUUUGCGGAGAAACAGGUCACUGGGCCUGUGACUGUCCACAAAAAAAAUAUGGAAGUCGUGGGGAUAGAUAUGACAGAUCAAGAGACAGAAAUAGAUCACCAUCAAGAGGAAGACGUUCAAGGUCUAGAUCACACUCUCGAUCGUCUCGAAGAAGAAGAAGAGACUCUUACUCUUCAAGCUCAAGUCGAUCGAGCUCAAGAGGAAGAAGAAAUACCAGAAGAAGAUCAAGGUCACCAUUACGCUCAAGGAGUCGUGACAGUUAUGAUAGAAGAGAUCGCCAUGGAUCCCGAGAUAGAAGUGGAUCUAGGGAUAGAAGAGACUCCAGAGAUAGAAGAGAUUCUAGAAGAAGUUCAUAUAAAGAUUCUGGAAGAGAUCGUAGAGAUAGAAGGGAUGAAAAAGAUAAUAGAGCUGUUUCGCCUAAGAGAGAUGAAUUACCAAAAAAGGAUGACUUGAAGAAAGACGAGUCAAUAAAUAAAGCACCCGAGACCAAAGAAGAAACACCAAAGAAGAAUGUAUAA